CAAGUAGAUAUUGAAGCUAAAAGUCAUACUAUAGCAGCUUUACUUCUUCCAAGUGAUGAUCGAUUAAAUAUUAUCAGGAAACUUGAAAGUGAACUUCAGGAAGUAAAACAAGCACAUCAUCGUCUUGUCGUUGAAGAGAAGAAUAAUAAAUUAAUUAGCGAUAUGAUUAGUAACAACAUCACCGCUCCUGAUAGUAUAUCAGAUGGUAAUUCAUCUGAUAAACUUGAACAAAAUGUUGAUGAAAAUGUUAAAGUAUUGGAAGAAAAAGUCAAAGAUCUCGAAUUACAACUUUCAAAAGCCAAGGAGAUAAAUCAUAUUCCAGCUUCUCGAAGUUCAGCUCUUCAUAUUGUAGAUCCUACACAAAAAUCUAUAGAAACACUUCAAACUCAAUUGAUAACAUUACAAGGAGAACUUGCAAGUAAAUCUGAUUCUAUCGAAAAUUUACAUAGUGUUAAAGAAUUAGUAGUUGCUUUACAAUCUCAAUUAGAAACACUUAAAUCAGAUCUUAAACGUAAAUAUGAACUCAUCGAAAUAUUGAAAAGGGAUUUAUUUGAUAAAGGAGUUUUACA